ACGCGGCUCGAGCAUCCGCGCUUCAUCUGUCCGGCCAGACUCUCCGAACCCGCGCCGAACCAUGACGGACGGCGGAGAAGCUGAGGAUGAGAUCCAGUUCUUACGGACCGAUGAUGAGGUGGUCCUACAGUGUUCAGCGAUGGUCCAUAAGGAGCAGCAGAAGCUCUGUCUCGCUGCUGAGGGCUUCGGAAACAGACUCUGUUUUCUGGAGUCCACCUCCAACUCAAAGAACGUACCUCCGGAUCUCUCCAUCUGUACCUUUGUCCUGGAGCAGUCUCUGUCUGUACGAGCGCUGCAGGAGAUGCUGGCCAACACUGAGGAACGGGCUGAAGGGCACAUAGACAUGGAGAGAUGGAAAUUCAUGAUGAAGACGGCUCAGGGCGGAGGUCACCGGACGCUGUUGUACGGUCAUGCGGUUUUACUGCGACACUCUUACAGCGGGAUGUAUCUGUGCUGCCUCUCGACGGCUCGCUCAUCUACAGACAAACUGGCUUUUGAUGUUGGGCUUCAGGAAGACACGACAGGUGAGGCCUGUUGGUGGACCAUUCACCCUGCGUCCAAACAGAGGUCAGAAGGUGAGAAAGUGAGAGUGGGUGACGAUCUCAUUCUGGUCAGCGUGUCGUCUGAACGCUAUCUGCACUUGUCUUAUGGUAAUGGAAGUUUACAUGUGGACGCGGCGUUCCAGCAAACCCUGUGGAGCGUAGCACCCAUCUGCUCGGGGAGUGAAGUGGCUCAGGGCUUUCUGAUUGGUGGAGAUGUUCUUCGGCUGCUUCAUGGUCACAUGGAUGAAUGUUUGACGGUCCCGUCUGGAGAACACGGAGAAGAGCAGCGCAGGGCGGUACAUUAUGAAGGUGGAGCCGUGUCCAUUCACGCCAGAUCACUGUGGAGACUGGAGACGCUCCGGGUGGCGUGGAGCGGCAGUCACACUCGCUGGGGUCAGCCGUUUCGGUUGCGUCACGUGACCACCGGCAAAUAUCUCAGCAUGAUGGACGAUCAAGGGCUCCUGCUGAUGGACAAAGAGAAAGCAGAUGUCAAGUCCACAGCCUUCUGCUUCCGCUCCUCAAAGGAGAAGCUGGACUUUGGCCUGAGGAAGGAGGUGGAUGGGAUGGGGGUUCCUGACAUCAAAUACGGCGACUCCGUCUGCUACAUCCAGCACGUGGACUCCGCCCUCUGGCUCACCUACCAAUCGGUGGACGCCAAGUGUGCUCGCAUGGGCGGAGUUCAGAGAAAGGCCAUCAUGCAUCAUGAAGGUCACAUGGAUGAUGGUUUGACGCUCUCACGGUCACAACACGAAGAGUCUCAUACAGCCAGAGUCAUACGCAGUACUGUAUUCCUCUUCAACCGCUUCAUCAGGGGUCUUGAUACUCUGAGUAAGAAAGGAAAGACGUCCACGCUGGAUCUACCAAUAGAAUCAGUCAGUCUGAGUCUGCAGGAUCUGAUUGGCUACUUCCAGCCACCUGAUGAGCACCUGGAGCACGAGAACAAACAGAAUCGACUGCGAUCGCUCAAGAGCCGACAGAACCUCUUUCAGGAGGAGGGCAUGAUAAACCUGGUGCUGGAGUGUAUCGAUCGUUUACAUGUCUACAGCAGUGCGGCUCAUUUUGCAGACGUGGCUGGAAAAGAAGCAGGAGAAUCCUGGAAAUCCAUCCUGAACUCUCUCUACGAGCUCUUGGCUGCUCUUAUCAGAGGAAAUAGGAAGAAUUGUGCACAGUUUUCUGGCUCUUUGGAUUGGUUGAUCAGUCGCCUGGAGAGGUUGGAAGCCUCGUCCGGGAUCCUGGAGGUUCUUCACUGUGUUCUGGUGGAGAGUCCUGAAGCUCUGAACAUCAUUAAAGAGGGACACAUUAAAUCCAUCAUCUCUCUGCUGGACAAACAUGGACGCAACCACAAGGUUCUGGAUGUGUUGUGUUCUCUGUGUGUGUGUCACGGCGUGGCGGUUCGCUCUAAUCAGAAUCUGAUCUGUGAUAAUCUGCUGCCCGGCAGAGAUCUGCUGCUACAGACACGACUGGUCAAUCACGUCAACAGCAUGAGACCCAAUAUCUUCCUCGGGGUGAGCGAAGGCUCCGCCCAGUACAGGAAGUGGUAUUAUGAGCUCAUCGUGGACCACGUGGAGCCGUUCGUGACGGCCGAAGCCACACACCUGCGGGUGGGCUGGGCAUCCACACAGGGUUACUGGCCGUACCCGGGCGGUGGAGAGGGCUGGGGCGGGAACGGAGUCGGAGACGAUCUGUACUCGUACGGGUUUGAUGGGCUGCACCUGUGGGCAGGUUGCGUGGCGCGGUCCGUGAGCUCACCCAAUCAGCAUCUGCUGCGGGCGGAGGACGUGAUCAGCUGCUGUCUGGACCUCAGCGCUCCCAGCAUCUCAUUCCGAAUCAACGGUCAGCCGGUCCAGGGAAUGUUUGAGAACUUUAACUCAGACGGACUCUUUUUCCCUGCGGUGUCUUUCUCGGCAGGGGUCAAAGUGCGCUUCCUGUUGGGCGGUCGUCAUGGAGAAUUCAAGUUCCUGCCUCCGUCUGGAUACGCUCCGUGUUUUGAGGCUGUUUUACCACGAGAGAAGCUGAGAGUGGAGCACAGUCAGGACUAUAAACAUGAUCAUGGGAACAUGAGAGACCUCCUUGGACCCACAGUCACACUCACACAAGCUGCCUUCACACCGACACCUGUGGACACCAGUCAGAUUGUGCUGCCGCCUCAAAUCGAGCGAAUCCGUGAGAAACUGGCAGAGAACAUUCAUGAGCUGUGGGUGAUGAACAAGAUCGAUCUGGGAUGGACCUACGGAGCGGUGCGAGAUGAUAAUAAACGUCAACAUCCCUGUCUGGUGGAGUUCAGCAGACUGCCUGAACAAGAGAGAAGCUACAACCUCCAGAUGUCUCAAGAGACGCUCAAGACUCUUCUGGCUCUAGGUUGUCAUGUCGGUGUGGCAGACGAGCGGGCGGCAGAGAAAGUCAACAAUCUCAAACUGUCAGCCAAGUAUGAGCUCUCCAGCGGUUAUAAACCCGCUCCUAUGGACCUGAGUCACAUCAAACUGGCCUCAGCACAGGAAGCUAUGGUGGACAAACUGGCAGAGAACGCACACAACGUCUGGGCCAGAGACCGCACACGACAGGGAUGGACCUACGGUAUACAACAGGACAUUAAGAACCGAAGAAACCCUCGUCUGGUUCCUUACAUGCUCCUCGAUGAAAGAACCAAGAAAUCAAACAAGGACAGUCUGAGAGAAGCCGUCAGGACGUUACUGGGUUACGGCUAUAACCUGGAGGCUCCGGACCAGGAUCAUGCAGCGAGAUCUGAUGUCAAUAAUCUGUCGAUGGAGCGCUUCCGGAUUUUCCGAGCGGAGAAGACGUGCAGUGUGAACGCGGGGAAGUGGUAUUUUGAGUUUGAUGUGGUGACGGCGGGUGAGAUGCGGGUGGGCUGGGCUCAACCCGGGUGUCUGCCGGAUCAGGAGCUGGGCUCAGAUGAGCAGGCCUUUGUGUUUGAUGGACUCAAGGCCCAGCGCUGGCAUCAGGGUAACGAGCACUUUGGCCGGACGUGGCAGUCGGGUGAUGUGGUGGGUUGUAUGGUGGAUAUGAAUGAAGGGACGAUGAUGUUCACUCUGAACGGUGAGGUUCUGCUGGACGACUCCGGCUCUGAACUCGCAUUCAAAGACUUUGAGGUUUGUGAAGGCUUCAUUCCCGUCUGCAGUCUGGGCGUCUCUCAGGUCGGCCGGAUGAAUUUCGGGAAGGACGUGAGCACGCUGAAGUACUUCACCAUCUGUGGCCUGCAGGAGGGCUAUGAACCCUUUGCCGUCAACAUGAACAGAGAUACGACCAUGUGGAUCAGCAAACGACUGCCUCAGUUCAUCCCCGUCCCAGCCAACCAUGAGCACAUAGAGGUUAACAGAAUCGACGGGACAGUGGAGAGCCCACCGUGUCUGAAGGUCACGCAGAGGUCAUUCGGCUCACAGAACAGUAACACAGACAUCAUGUUCUAUCGUCUGAGCAUGCCCGUCGAGUGCUCGGAGACGUUCGGAAGGUCGCCCGGCGGGAUGCUGUCGGCCAACGGAAGCUUCUUCUCUCCAAAGAGAGAUCUGGAUGAUUUUGAGACGGUGUCCGAUUUUGAGGUUCUGAUGAAGACCCCACACAGUCACGUCAGCUCCAACGGGCCGGACAGAGAACGAGAUGAAUUCAACAACCAUAAAGAUCACAAUCAAGAGAAACCCUCCAAAAUCAAACAGAGGUUUUUGUUGAAGAGAUCGAAGCCGGACGUCAGCAGCAGUCAUUCUAACACUCGACUGUCAGAGGACGUUAUAGCAGACGAGAGAGACGACACAGAGAAUCUCCUGCAAACAUCCACGUAUUUUUACUCGGUGAGGAUCUUCCCCGGUCAGGAGCCGUCCAGUGUUUGGGUCGGUUGGGUGACGUCAGAUUUUCAUCAGUAUGAUCCGGCCUUUGACCUCAAUAUGGUCCGAACGGUCACGGUUACCCUGGGAGACGAGAAGGGUAAAGUUCACGAGAGUAUUAAACGCAGUAACUGCUUCAUGGUUUGGGGGGGUGAAUGCAGUAACCCCAGUCAGGGUCGUAAUAAUAACGGUCUGGAGAUCGGAUGUCUGGUGGACACGGCCAACGGCUUCCUCACCUUCACAUCCAACGGGAAAGAACUCUGCACCUUUUACCAGGUGGAGCCGAGAACUAAACUCUUUCCUGCAGUGUUUGCGCAGGCGACCAGUCCAAAUGUCUUCCAGUUUGAACUGGGACGCAUUAAGAAUGUGAUGCCUCUCUCUGCAGGCCUGUUUAAAAGUGAACGGAAGAACAAAGUACCCCAGUGUCCACCGCGCUUACACGUGCAGCACCUCACACCCGUCUCAUGGAGUCGUGUGCCCAACCAGUUCCUGAGGUCAGAGGUCAGCAGGGUGAAUGAGAGAUUGGGCUGGAUGAUCCAAUGUUCAGAUCCACUGCAGUUCAUGACUCUACAUAUACCUGAAGAGAAUAGGUCGUUGGAUAUCCUAGAGUUGACAGAGCAGAGAGAUCUAUUGAAGUUUCACCAUCACACACUGCGUUUAUAUUCUGCCAUCUGCGCUCUGGGGAACAAUCGUGUAGCUCAUGCGCUCUGUAGUCACGUGGACGAGGCUCAGCUCCUGUACGCCAUCCAGAACAAGUACAUGCCAGGCCUCCUGCGCACCGGAUACUACGACCUGCUCAUAGACAUCCACCUGAGCGGCUACGCCACCGCCCGUCUCAUGAUGAACUCCGAGUACAUCGUUCCCAUGACGUCCGAGACCAAGAGCAUCACUCUCUUCCCCGACGAGAAGAAGAAACAUGGCCUGCCCGGCAUCGGACUGAGCACCUCGCUGCAGCCGCGCAUGCGCUUCUCCUCGCCCAACUUCGUAGGGUCCAUCCCCGGUAACCACGGUAACGGCGCGGCGGCCGCUGCCGGUGACUGUUUCCAGUACAGCCCAGAGUUUCCCUUGGAGACGCUGAAGAGUCGGACGAUGGAGAUGCUGACGGAGGCGGUGCGGGAGGGCAGUUUACACGUGCGGGAUCCUGUAGGGGGCAGUACUGAGUUCCUCUUCGUUCCUCUCAUCAAACUCUUCUACACGCUCCUCAUCAUGGGUGUCUUUCACAACGGAGACCUGAAGACCAUCCUGCAACUGAUCGAACCCAGCGUCUUCUCACAGGACUCUGGGCUGGAGGGCGGCGUCGAUGGCCCGGAGGCGGACGAGAGCUGUGGGCGGGGCCGGCUUGAGGGAGGCGGGGCCGAGGAGCACGGUUUGAGAGGAAAGAUGCCCAAAGGAGGACUUUUGCAGAUGAAACUUCCUGAACCUGUCAAACUCCAGAUGUGUCACCUGCUGCAGUAUCUGUGCGACUGUCAGGUCCGGCAUCGCAUUGAGGCAGUGGUCGCAUUCUCCGAUGACUUUGUAGCACAUCUUCAGGAUAACCAGCGCUUCCGUUAUAAUGAAGUCAUGCAGGCGCUGAACAUGUCCGCUGCUCUGACCGCACGAAAAACCAAAGAGUUCCGCUCGCCUCCACAGGAACAGAUCAACAUGCUGCUGAAUUUUAAAGAUGAGAAGCAGGAUUGUCCGUGUCCGGAGGGCAUCAGAGAACAGCUGCUGGAGUUUCACGAGGACCUCAUGACACACUGCGGCAUUGAGAUAGACGAUGACAAAUCUGGAGAUGGUGACGGUGAUUUCACCAUCAGAGGUCGUCUGAUGUCUCUGGUGGAGAAGGUCACCUACCUGAAGAAGAGAAUGACCGAAAUACCAAAGAAGAAGAAAUCAAAGAAGCCCAGCACUCUUCAGCAGUUGAUCUCAGAGACGAUGGUGCGCUGGGCUCAGGAGUCUGUCAUCGAGGAUCCAGAGCUGGUCCGGGCCAUGUUUGUGUUACUCCACAGGCAGUAUGACGGCAUCGGCGGGCAGGUGCGAGCGCUGCCCAAAACCUACACCAUCAACGCCGUCUCUGUGGAGGACACCAUCAGCCUGCUGGCGUCUCUGGGGCAGAUCAGAUCUCUGCUCAGCGUCCGCAUGGGUCGUGAAGAAGAGAAGCUCAUGAUUCACGGCCUCAGUGACAUCAUGAAUAAUAAAGUGUUUUAUCAGCAUCCAAACCUGAUGAGAGCGCUCGGCAUGCAUGAGACCGUGAUGGAGGUGAUGGUAAAUGUUCUGGGAGGAGGAGAAUCUAAGGAGAUCACGUUUCCUAAGAUGGUGGCGAACUGCUGUCGUUUUCUGUGUUACUUCUGUCGAAUCAGCCGUCAGAAUCAGAAGGCCAUGUUUGAUCAUUUGAGUUAUCUGCUGGAGAACAGCAGCGUGGGACUCGCGUCUCCGUCCAUGCGAGGUUCCACUCCUCUGGAUGUUGCUGCAGCGUCAGUGAUGGAUAACAAUGAACUGGCUCUGGCGCUGAGAGAACCAGACCUGGAGAAAGUUGUUCGGUAUCUGGCCGGCUGUGGAUUGCAGAGUUGUGUCAUGUUGAUGUCUAAAGGAUAUCCUGACAUCGGCUGGAACCCGGUUGAGGGUGAACGAUAUCUGGACUUUCUCAGAUUUGCUGUCUUCUGUAAUGGUGAGAGUGUGGAGGAAAACGCUAACGUGGUGGUCCGGCUCCUGAUUCGUCGGCCAGAGUGUUUUGGCCCCGCCCUGCGUGGAGAAGGUGGGAACGGGCUGCUGGCAGCGAUGGAGGAAGCCAUUAAGAUUUCAGAAGAUCCCAGCAGAGACGGACCAUCACCCACCACAGAAGAGAAAAGAACACUUAAUGAUGUCAUAGAGGAAGAGGAAGAUGAGACCAUUCACAUGGGAAAUGCCAUCAUGACCUUCUAUGCGGCUCUCAUCGAUCUGUUGGGCCGCUGUGCUCCAGAGAUGCAUCUGAUUCACGCAGGGAAGGGUGAGGCCAUCCGCAUCCGGGCCAUCCUCAGAUCUCUCAUUCCCAUCGAGGACCUGGUGGGUGUGAUCAGCAUCCCGUUCCUGAUGCCCACUCUGGCCAAAGACGGUUCUGUGAUCGAGCCGGACAUGUCAGCAGGCUUCUGUCCCGAUCACAAAGCGGCCAUGGUUCUGUUUCUGGACCGUGUGUAUGGCAUUGAGGACCAGAUCUUUCUCCUGCACCUGCUGGAGGUGGGAUUCCUGCCUGACCUCCGAGCCGCCGCCUCAUUGGACACCGUUGCUCUGAGCGCCACAGACAUGGCGUUAGCUCUGAACCGGUACCUGUGCACGGCCGUACUGCCGCUCCUCACCAAAUGUGCUCCUCUGUUUGCCGGCACCGAGCCAUUCGCCUCUCUCAUCGACUCUCUGCUGCACACCGUCUACAGACUCUCCAAAGGCUGCUGUCUCACUAAAGCACAGAGAGACGCCAUCGAGGAGUGCCUGCUGGCCGUCUGCGGUAAACUGCGGCCCUCUAUGAUGCAGCAUCUCUUGAGACGUCUGGUGUUUGAUGUUCCUGUACUCAAUGAACACACCAAGAUGCCCUUGAAGCUCUUGACCAAUCACUACGAGCGCUGUUGGAAGUAUUACUGUCUGUCAGGAGGAUGGGGAAGUUUCGGGGCGGCGUCAGACGAGGAGCUGCAUCUGUCCAGAAAACUCUUCUGGGGAAUCUUUGAUGCUCUGGCCAGAAAGAAAUAUGACGUGGAGUUGUUUAAGUUAGCUCUGCCGUGUCUGAGCGCGGUGGGCGGAGCUUUACCUCCUGAUUACAUGGAGUCAAACUAUGUGGCCAUGAUGGAGAAACAGUCGUCUAUGGAUGCUGAAGGAAACUUUAACCCACAGCCGGCGGACACCAGCAGCGUUGUUGUUCCGGAGAAGCUCGAUCAUUUCAUCAAUAAAUAUGCCGAAAAUUCUCAUGAGAAAUGGUCGAUGGAGAAGUUUGCGAUGGGCUGGGUUCAUGGAGACUCGUUCUGUGAAUCAUCUAAAGUUCAUCCUCUGCUGAAGCCUUACAAGUGUCUCUCUGAGAAGGAUAAAGAGGUUUACCGCUGGCCAAUCAGAGAGAGUCUGAAGACGAUGCUGUCGUGGGGGUGGAGCAUCGAGCGGACGAAAGAUAGCGACGCGUCCACGCUACACAACCGCACACGCAGAAUAUCUCUGUCCAGUCAGCGGUCUAUAGAGGGCGCUCAUGGGUUCUGUCCUCAGCCGGUGGACAUGAGUAACGUCACCCUGUCCAGAGAUCUACAUUCGAUGGCAGAACUGCUGGCGGAGAACUAUCACAACAUCUGGGCUCGGAAGAAAAAACUGGAGCUGGAGUCUAAAGGUGGAGGCAGUCAUCCGUUGCUGGUUCCUUACGACACUUUAACUGCCAAAGAGAAGUGCAGAGACCGAGAAAAAGCACAAGACAUCCUGAAGUUCUUUCAGAUCAACGGAUACACAGUUUCAAGGGCUAUGAAAGAACAGGAUCUGGACACACCGUCUAUAGAGAAGCGUUUCGCGUACACAUUCCUCAAACAGUUGAUCACGUAUGUGGAUGAAGCUCAUGAACACAUGCUGGAGUUUGAUGUUGGCGUCAGAUGUAAAGGUGAUAAAAUUCCCCAUGAGCAGCAGGUGAAGUUUUUUGGAAAGGUUGUGUUGCCGUUGGUUGAUCAGUACUUCAAAAACCAUCGCCUUUACUUCCUGUCCACUGCCGUCCGUCCAAUAAGCAGCGGCGGUCACGCCUCCAAUAAAGAAAAAGAGAUGGUGACCAGCCUUUUCUGCAAACUGGGAGUUCUGGUCAGACACCGGAUUUCUCUGUUUGGAAAUGAUGCAGCGUCAAUAGUGAACUGCCUGCACAUACUGGGACAAACUCUAGACGCCAGGACGGUGAUGAAAACAGGUCAGGAUUCGGUAAAAGCGGCUCUGAGAGGGUUCUUCGAGAACGCAGCAGAAGAUCUGGAGAAGACGAUGGAAAACCUGCGACAGGGUCAGUUCACUCACACCCGCGCACAACCCAAAGGUGUGACGCAGAUCAUCAACUACACCACCGUGGCGUUACUGCCCGUCCUCUCGUCGCUGUUCGAACACAUCGGACAGAACGUGUUUGGAGAGGAUGUGAUACUGGAUGAUGUCCAGGUGUCCUGCUAUCGUGUUUUAAACAGUUUGUACUCACUCGGAACCAGUAAAAGUAUUUAUGUCGAGAGACACCGGCCGGCUCUGGGUGAAUGUCUGGCUGCGUUCUCAGGCGCGUUCCCUGUGGCCUUCCUGGAACCCGGUCUGAACCGACACAACACACACUCCAUCUACAACAGCAAAGCAUCCCGAGAACGAGCAGCUCUCGGUCUUGCGUCGCAGGUGGAGGAGGCGUGUGCUCAGGUGCCGUCUCUGGAGCGAGCGCUGCAGGAGAUCAUGGAGCUGGCGGAGUCGGGCUUGCGCUACACGCAGAUGCCACACGUGAUGGAGGUUCUUCUGCCCAUGCUCUGCAGCUACAUGUCUCACUGGUGGGAGAGCGGACCCGAGAACAAUCCAGAGCCGUCUGACAGCUGCUGCACGUCUCUCACCUCUGAACAUAUGAACACACUGCUGGGAAACAUCCUGAAGAUCAUCUACAACAACUUGGGCAUCGACGAGGGAGCCUGGAUGAAGAGACUCGCUGUGUUUUCUCAGCCCAUCAUUGGUAAAGCUAAAUCUCAGCUGUUGAAGUCUCACUUUCUGCCGCUGAUGGAGAAGCUGAAGAAGAAGGCGGCGACAGUUCUUCAGGAUGAAGAUCAAAUGAAAGCUGAGGGUCGAGGCGAGUUGUCUGAAUCCGAGCUGCUUAUCCUCGAUGAGUUCACCGUCCUCGUGCGAGAUCUGUACGCCUUCUACCCGCUGCUUAUACGAUUCGUCGACUACAACAGAGCCAAAUGGCUGAAAGAACCGAAUCCAGAGGCAGAAGAAUUAUUCCGGAUGGUGGCAGAAGUCUUUAUCUUCUGGGCUAAAUCACACAACUUUAAGAGAGAGGAGCAGAACUUUGUGGUUCAGAAUGAAAUCAAUAACAUGUCCUUCCUCAUCACAGACACCAAAUCCAAAAUGUCCAAGGGUGCGGUGUCAGACCCGGAGAGGAAGAAGAUGAAGAAGCGCGGUGACCGCUACUCACUGCAGACGUCUCUGAUCGUGGCGGCUCUCAAGAGAUUACUGCCUGUGGGUCUGAACAUCUGUGUGCCGGGAGAUCAGGAGCUCAUCGCGCUCGCCAAGAACCGCUUCACACAGAAAGACACGGAACAUGAAGUGAGAGAGAUCAUCAGGAACAACCUCCAUCUGCAGGGGAAGUCAGAGGAUCCUGCGAUCCGCUGGCAGAUGGCUCUGUAUAAAGAGGUGCCCAACCGCAGCGAGGACACGUCUGACCCUGAGAAGACGGUGGAGAGAGUUCUGAACAUCGCUCACGUCCUCUUUCAUCUCGAUCAGGUUGAACAUCCACAGAGAAGCAAGAAGGCGGUUUGGCACAAGCUGUUGUCCAAACAGAGAAAGAGAGCCGUGGUGGCGUGUUUCAGGAUGGCGCCGCUCUAUAAUCUGCCCAGACACAGAGCCGUCAAUCUGUUCCUUCAGGGUUAUGAGAAGUCCUGGAUCGAGACCGAGGAACAUUAUUUCGAAGACAAGUUGAUCGAGGAUUUGGCCAAACCCGGUGUUGAAGAACCGUCAGAAGAAGAUGAGAUGAUCAAACGCAUUGAUCCGUUACAUCAGCUCAUUCAGCUCUUCAGCAGAACUGCACUGACUGAGAAAUGUAAACUUGAGGAGGAUCAUCUCUACAUGGCUUAUGCUGAUAUAAUGGCAAAGAGCUGUCAUGAUGGAGAGGAAGAUGAAGAGGAGGAGGUGAAGAGUUUUGAGGAGAAGGAGAUGGAGAAACAGAAGCUGUUAUAUCAGCAGGCCAGACUUCAUGAUCGAGGAGCUGCAGAGAUGGUCCUGCAAACCAUCAGCGCCAGCAAAGGAGAGAUGGGGCCGAUGGUUGCUUCUACACUCAAACUGGGUAUCGCCGUACUCAACGGAGGAAACUCAACCGUACAACAGAAAAUGUUGGAUUACCUGAAAGACAAGCGGGAUGUGGGCUUCUUCCAGAGUUUGGCCGGACUGAUGCAGUCGUGCAGUGUUUUGGAUCUGAAUGCGUUUGAGCGUCAGAAUAAAGCUGAGGGUCUGGGGAUGGUGACAGAAGAAGGUUCAGUCCUCACUCAUGAGCGUGGUGAAAAGGUCAUGCAGGAUGAUGAAUUCACCUGUGACCUCUUCCGCUUCCUGCAGCUGCUCUGUGAGGGACACAACUCAGAUUUUCAGAACUACCUGCGAACACAGACGGGUAACAACACAACGGUCAACAUCAUCAUCUCUACAGUAGAUUAUCUGCUGAGAGUACAGGAGUCCAUCAGUGAUUUCUACUGGUUUUAUUCUGGGAAAGACGUCAUCGAUGAACAAGGCCAGAGGAAUUUCUCUAAAGCCAUCAAUGUAGCCAAACAGGUGUUCAACACACUGACAGAGUAUAUUCAGGGUCCCUGCACAGGGAAUCAACAGAGUCUGGCUCACAGUCGUCUGUGGGACGCUGUCGUUGGAUUUCUACACGUUUUCGCACACAUGCAGAUGAAGCUGUCACAGGUACAUCCACAAUCCAAACAAAUCCAAUCAAACAUGGAGAAAACAAUGUUGAGUGAACGUGUCGUUUUCAUUCUGAAGGAUUCAAGUCAAAUCGAGCUGUUGAAGGAGCUGAUGGAUCUUCAGAAGGAUAUGGUUGUCAUGCUCUUGUCCAUGUUAGAAGGAAAUGUUGUGAACGGGACCAUUGGAAAGCAGAUGGUGGAUAUGUUAGUGGAGUCGUCCAACAACGUGGAGAUGAUCCUGAAGUUCUUCGAUAUGUUUCUCAAACUGAAAGAUCUGACAUCAUCAGACGCCUUCAAAGAGUACGACCCCGACGGCAAAGGGGUCAUCUCCAAGAGAGAUUUUCAUAAAGCCAUGGAGAGCCACAAACAUUACACCCAAUCUGAGACCGAGUUCCUCCUGUCGUGUGCAGAAACGGACGAAAACGAACUUUUGGACUAUGAAGAGUUCGUCGAGCGCUUCCAUGAACCGGCCAAAGACAUCGGCUUCAACGUGGCCGUCCUUCUCACCAACCUCUCUGAACACAUGCCACAUGACUCUCGCCUCCAGACCUUCCUGGAACUGGCCGAGAGCGUGCUGAACUAUUUCCAGCCAUAUCUGGGCCGGAUCGAGAUCAUGGGCAGUGCUAAGCGCAUCGAGCGUGUGUACUUCGAGAUCAGCGAGUCCAGCCGCACGCAGUGGGAGAAGCCGCAGGUCAAAGAGUCCAAACGUCAGUUUAUCUUUGACGUGGUCAACGAGGGAGGCGAGAAAGAGAAAAUGGAGCUCUUCGUGAACUUCUGCGAGGACACCAUCUUUGAGAUGCAGCUGGCCGCUCGGAUGUCGGACGCUGGCGAACGCUCGGCCAGCAAAGAGGACAGCGAGAGAGAGAAACCGGAGGAGGAGAGUCCCGAAAUGGGUUUCUUCUCCAUGGCCACCGUGAGGACGGCUCUGUUCGCUCUGCGAUACAACGUCAUGAUGCUCAUGAAGGUUCUGUCCAUGAAGAGCAUCAAGAAACAGGUGAAGAGAGCAAAGAAGAUGACGGUGAAGGACAUGGUCACGGCGCUGGCGUCUUUCUACUGGGGCGUCCUGCUGGGUCUCCUGCACUUCACCUUCAGCGUCGCUCGAGGGUUCUUCCGCAUCGUGUACAGCAGUUUCCUCGGAGGCAGUCUAGUGGAGGGCGCCAAGACCAUGAAGGUGUCCGAACUCCUGGCCAAUAUGCCCGAUCCAACGCAAGAUGAAGUGAGAGGAGAGACGGAGGAGGGCGAGAAGAAACCUGCGGACAGAACCCCGCCCGAAGAAGACCUGGCUGAUCUGGCGGUGAAGGCGGAUGACACCGAUCUUCUGUCUGAUAUAUUCGGUUUGGAUCUGAAGAGAGAAGGCGGACAGUAUAAACUCAUGCCUCACAAUCCCAAUGCCAGCCUCACCGAUCUGCUCAACGCCCCCGUUCCACCUCCGGCCGCACCGUCGCCUGGAGUACGCCGGAGACAGCAGACCAAGAGCUCCUCAUCUUCAGCGGAGAACAACGAGAUUACGGAAGACACCAAAUCUGUGCCCGAGAAAGUCCAAGGUGAAAAUGGAAAGAAGACUCAGAAGAAGAAGGAGGUGGAUGAGGAGGAGGUGAAGCGUAAAGUACGACUUCACUACAGCAGAUCAGACGAGCCGGACCUUCAGGAGUCUGCAUUCUGGAAGAAGAUCAUUGCUUAUCAACGCAAACUUCUGAAUUAUUUUGCACGGAAUUUUUACAACAUGAGAAUGUUGGCUCUGUUCGUGGCGUUUGCCAUCAACUUCAUUCUGCUGUUUUACAAGGUGUCGACGUCUUCAGCGGUCUCUGAGGGGAAGGACGUGUUGUUCAGCGGUACAUCAGACACCAGCGUUCAGUGGGAUCCUCUGGGGUCCUCCAGCAGUCCACCCGUCACGGUUCACUUCGUCCUGGAGGAGAGCAGCGGGUACAUGGAGCCCACCCUCAGGAUUCUGGCCAUUCUACACACCGUCAUCUCUUUCUUCUGUAUCAUCGGCUACUAUUGUUUAAAGGUUCCUCUGGUGAUAUUUAAGCGUGAGAAGGAGGUGGCCAGAAAGCUGGAGUUUGAUGGUCUGUAUAUCACCGAACAGCCGUCAGAAGAUGAUAUUAAAGGUCAAUGGGACAGACUGGUCAUUAACACUCAGUCCUUCCCGAACAACUACUGGGAUAAAUUUGUGAAGAGGAAGGUGAUGGAUAAGUAUGGAGAGUUUUAUGGUCAUGAUCGAAUCAGUGAGCUGCUCGGGAUGGAUAAAGCCGCUCUGGACUUCAGUGACGCCCACAAGAAGAAGAAACCAAAGCGAGACGGAUCCCUGUCAGCAGUACUGAACUCCAUCGAUGUGAAGUAUCAGAUUUGGAAGUUAGGAGUGGUCUUCACAGAUAAUUCUUUUCUGUAUCUGGCCUGGUACAUGAGCAUGUCUAUUCUGGGACACUACAAUAAUUUCUUCUUCGCUGCUCAUCUGUUGGACAUCGCCAUGGGCUUCAAGACCCUGAGGACCAUCCUGUCGUCUGUCACACACAACGGCAAACAGUUGGUCCUGACCGUAGGUCUGCUGGCGGUUGUGGUUUAUCUCUACACUGUGGUGGCUUUCAACUUCUUCCGUAAGUUCUACAACAAGAGUGAAGAUGGAGAAUCUCCAGACAUGAAGUGUGAUGACAUGCUGACGUGUUAUAUGUUCCACAUGUAUGUUGGCGUUCGGGCUGGCGGUGGGAUCGGUGAUCAGAUCGAGGAUCCGGCCGGGGACGAGUAUGAGAUCUAUCGCAUCAUCUUUGACAUCACCUUCUUCUUCUUCGUCAUAGUCAUCCUGCUGGCCAUUAUACAAGGUCUUAUUAUUGAUGCAUUUGGUGAGUUAAGAGACCAACAAGAGCAGGUGAAAGAAGACAUGGAGACUAAAUGUUUCAUCUGUGGAAUUGGAAAUGAUUAUUUUGACACCGUUCCACACGGCUUUGAAACCCACACGCUACAGGAACACAACCUGGCCAACUAUCUAUUUUUCUUUAUGUAUCUCAUCAACAAAGAUGAAACAGAGCACACAGGCCAGGAGUCAUUCGUUUGGAAAAUGUACCAGGAACGCUGCUGGGAAUUCUUUCCUGCUGGCGACUGUUUCCGGAAACAAUACGAGGACCAGCUGAAUUAAAACACACACACACGUUGUUGAGGACGACUGUGUUUGUUUCACAGCGUUUCUCUGUCAGCUGCAGUGAACCUGCGGUUGAGCAGCGAUGUGAACUGGAAAAUUCAACGCUUCUUCAUUUCAUUUCUUUUAAAGACUUUAUGAAGAGGAGGGGAACUGAUGAAGGACACAGAGGAUGAUGAGGAUGAUGAUGGCCUGUCUGUGAGGCCGAAUGUUGAAUGUUUCUUGUGAUGGGGAUUCAGUGCCUUACCAUGAGAAAGAGGAGCUAUGCAAGACGAUAAAGACACCCUGGAUGAGAGAGAGAGAGAGAGAGAGAGAGAGAGAGAGAGAGCUUGUACCCCUCAGAACUAAUGUUUGCUACAUACAGUAUUCUCCUCUACUGUUCUCUUUAUUUCUUUGUUUCGGUUUCUUUUGGUAAUGCACCCGAGUCACAGCCGAGUUUAUAUUCAAGCUCUAAGAAAAAUAAUCUCGAAAAACGUUUCAUUGCAUGUUUAUUAUGCAAGUUUAAAGAAAACAUUUGAAAACGUACGCAAGCUGAUGCAUAUCACACCUGCAGUUUUAUAGGUUCAAGAACAUGUAAGAUAACGCUGUACUAUUCAAGUAUAUCUUGGGCUUUUCUCCUCUGUCAUCAGCCAAGAACGGGCCGGUCCGGACUCAAAACCUCUCCACCGUAGAUGUAGUUGGACGCAGAAGCAAUAUCCAUUCAGAGAGUCCAGACGCUUUCUUUCACUGCAGAACGUCAGGACGAGGACAGACGACGGCCGCACCGUCACAUUUCCAUCCUACUGGAAACCACUGCACUUUCUUUCAUAGCCAUGACAAAGACAAGAUGCUUUUCUUAUUUCUUCUACAAACAAUGUGAAGUCAUUGCAAUAACAACAAAUGGGCUAAAAAACCAGCCGUAACUACGUGAGAGAAGUUUUACUCGUGUAAAGAAUUUUGAUAACAAAAGAAAACCUCAUAGGAGAAUAAUCUGUGUACCGUGUGAAGUUGUGAGCAUAUAACUGUGUGUGAUCUAUAACAGGAACUCAAAGACAUGCAUGAUUUUGACAAAUAAAAGGAUUAUUUAUU